CAUUUGUCAACACGAGACUGCGAAGAAGUUGAAGGGAGAAUGUCAGGCUUUGAGAGACUUCAAUCAACAGCCUAGCCACCAAGACUUGCGUUUUAUUAUUCAUGAAGCUAAUGUUUACAUUUUAGCACGGCAGAUAGGACAAGACAAAUUCCACAAAUAUGUCACGCAUUGCUAUUUAAUUCCAUUUUUAUUCUUUAAUAUUUUGUGUUGCUUUUCUUCCUGUUUGCCCUUACAUUCGGAACUUGACUCUGACUUGUAGCUGCUCCGUUAUCUUGUAAUUAGAUGGCGAAUUAAUUAACAAUGAGGCUUCAGACCACGUUUAAUUUGUUCCUCAGCGCACUAUUUGCGUUCAAAGUCCAGGGUGCUCAGGGGGGCGACGCGUGUCCUCGGAAGGAACCACCUUCUGGUGUGCUGACCUUGACCCUGGGCAGUGAGGUCAUCCUAGGCUGUAGAGGAGAUGUUACAGUGGACGGAGUGUUACUAGCAGUGGUUACAAAGCAUAAUGGAAGAGUCAGGAGGAGAAGGGCCAUAACACCACAAAGGGAGAGAGAGAUUUCUGAUUUUACUGAAAAAUACCAUUCUGAAAUCAGGAAUGUUACCAUACAUGGCACAUACCAAAAAGUAACUACCAAUGGACUAUAUGGUAAAGACAAAGGGGAAACCAAAACUACUGCUAAGCCUCUAAUCACAACAGAGAAGCAAAUGAGUACUGGCCACAUUAUGCAUGCUAUUAGUCUACCCAUUCAGCCAAACAGAGUGCGUGGCAUCAAUGAAGGAGGGGCUUAUAAGGUAACCAUGGAAAUGGGAGGAGAGGAGUAUGUGGAAAAUAUGACUGUGGAAUACAAACAAUAUGAGGACAAUGGUGAUGAGGAGGAGGGACUGCGGGUGACGAGAGCUAUUUCAAGGCGAGCACACUGGACUCGGAAUGGUCAGGCCAUGCGAUGGGGUGUGGCAAAAGGCGGGGUUUUGAGGCUUCCUGCUCUCCAAUUAAAAGAUUCUGGGAACUAUACUUGCUUCAGGGGAGGCAAACUAAUUUCAUCUGUUAAAAUCAGUGUAGGCGUGCCCCCAGAGAUACCUACUCUAAAAUGCUACAAGAAAUUCCACACAAGCAAAAUCCGCUGUGAGUGGAUCUCAAAGCAGCCUAUAAUUCCACGACCUCACUGUUACCUUCUCCUCAGGAAAGGGUGGGUGGAGUCCUCUCAUACAGCCUGUUCAUACUCAGUUGAGCGCUCCCGUUGCUGGUGUGCACUGCCUGGCGAGGAGGGUGACAGAAAUAUCUACAUUGCCAAAUUGUGUGUGGCAAACACUGUGGGCAGUGCCAUCAGCGAGCCCCUCAGAUACAGUCCACAGAACAUUAUUAAGCCAGACCCUCCUACCAGAGUGGUAGUGAGAGAAGUCAUGGGCCAUUUUCAAACCCUUCACAUCUCCUGGUCUUACCCUGCUUCCUGGCGACAAGGCUUCUAUUUCCUCCAGUUCCAGCUAAGAUAUCGCCCUCUACAUGCCAGAGAGUACCAGCAGGUUGACAUAGAUGGAACAAAGCUCUCCUGGGUGAUCCUGGAUGCUAUGCCACACACACAAUAUGAGAUGCAGCUCCGAACCAAGGACGAGUACGACGGGCUCUGGAGUGACUGGUCUGCUCCUGUGUAUGCACAUCCAUGGACAGCUCCUGAACCCACUCUUCCCUCCAACGUCUAUACUAGUGUGGAACCCUUCUGGACUUUUCCAGAAGGCUCUGGGGAAUUAGGACCGGACUCUGAAGAGCCGGAUGAUGGUGCAGACUGGGGUGCUGUAAUGUGGGUGCAUGUGCUGUGGGUGUUUGGUCUUUGUGUCCUCAUCAUCCUCACCAUUCUUUCAGUCUAUUCCCUCAGAUACAGGGUGCACCUGAUGUAUAAACAGGACAAGCAGGUUUGCUCUCCCUCCUGCUCUCUCUCUUCUCCCCCUCCUCCACUCCUUCAGCAACUUGUGAUGGCUGCACAUCAGCAGAGUCAGCAUAACUUCCUGCCUGAAGAGGAAGAAGCAGGCAUCCACUUACAUAAUGUGGACUAUUUUCUGUCUCAUGGGGACUGAGGGUGCAGUGUGGGCCUUAUAGGACCUUAUAGAACAGAGUCUUUAGCAUGUUUAUGUGGUUUCAGAAACAUUUCCACUGUUUACUCCACUAUUUUGGCUGCUUUUAGCAACCUUUGUUGAAAUUCAGAUUGCUGUACUAUCUUCAGUUCGUUUAAAAUGUGCUGGUUGCCUUUUGUUCUUUCAUUCUAAGCAGCUGUUUCCAAACAUUACUUUAUAAUUUUGUACAUAAUCUCUAAAAGAAAAUAUGUUCUGUUUAAUAAAGAAUUACUUAUUUUUAAAAA